AUGUCUUUAUUCGGAGCUACAGGCGGUGGAAUAUUAGGCGCUGGAAGUUCUGCUGGUGCUGGAGGAGGAGGACUUUUUGGAGGAAAGGGACCGAAUACCCCUUCUCUCUAAAAAACAGUAAGCUCAACAAAUCUUCUAUAAGAUAUCACAAGCAAGUCAAAUGGAGGAAGUAAAUUCUUCCCGGGGCCUGGAACUCUUUCAGGAAAUACUGGAGCAUCAACCAGUACUUAAAAUACAAGUCUGACAUCAACAGGAGGCAGUAGCUUAUUUGGUGCACCUACAGCCACUACAACAUCUACUGGUACAACUGGUCAAACUUCCUUAUUUGGGCAAUAAGCUGAAAAUCAACCUCCAGCUGGUGGUGGUCUUUUUGGCUCAGCAGCAACAUAAUAAUAGCCAGAUCUAUCAAAACAAACUUCUUUGUUUGGAGGUACCUCUACUCAGUUACCUUCAGCAUCUCCAUCACUCUUCAAUUAGCAAUCAUAAUAGAAUCUUUCUCCAAUUAAAACUGGAGGACUCUUUGGAGGUGGAGCUGCCACAGGUCAAACAAGUCUGUUUGGUCAGACAGCAACUUCUAAUCAGCCUUAAGGAUCAAGCAUAUUCGGAGCAACUCCACAAUAAACUGCUCUAGGUGGUUCUAUAUUUGGAGGAAAUUAACCAGCAGCAGGAAGUUCACUCUUUGGAAAUCAACAACAAUAAUAAUAAUAAACAGGAUUAUUUGGCUAGCAACCAAGCUAGUAAAUGCAGCAGUAAUAGUUUGCAUAGUAAAAUGGGCAACUUGAUCCAAACAUGAUUUCUCAAAUGUUCUUUUAAGUAAGAGAUCCCAAGGAUGCAACAGAUAUUUUAAGAAGAGUAAUGGCCUUAAGGCCAAUUAAUCAGCCAAAGAUAGACUUAGCUUCCACUAACCCUUACAAGUCAAGAAUGGUAAAGGACUUAGGACCAAAUGAAAAACAAGUAGCUUUAGAAAUUUAAUAAAGAUUGGACAAGUAGAAGGAAAUCAAAGGAAACAUUCCCUAGCAAAUGAGCACUAUUAAGACUUAAAUUGAUCUUUUGAGAUCAAAUAUGACAAUAGGGGUCACUGAUAUCUAAAUUCAUUACAAAAGAGCUUUGCUUACCAAAGUUUAGAUAUAAAAUCUUUAAAACGAGGUCAUGAAGAUAGCAAAGCACAGAGAACAAUUGUUAAAAGGCAUUACUUAAUAUGACAAUCAAGAUUACAGAGAGAAUAUUAAGGCUCCUUUCAAAUUUUUCCAAAACCUUCACUAGGAGCACACUAAAAUCCUAGAAUAGUUAAACUUCAAAUUAGAUGAAGCUACUGGGGUAGUAGACUAUAUCAGCAAAAAUAAGACUUAGAAUGAUAUAGAGUCUUAGUAGACUUCAACUAAGUAAAAGGUUUUCGAAGUAUUAAAGCUAAUUUAUCAGUAGUAAAAAGAUAUCGGUCAACAAUUAUUCAAGAUUGAUUAGUGUGUGAAGAUUCUCAGAACAGAAUUUACAAACUAAAUGAUAAAAAACGGUAUUAACUUUGUAACUCGUGAAGAUGUUGACGCUAUCUUUAAAAAGUAUGGCAAUUUUGAACUAGAUAGAGCUAUCAAAGAAAUUGAGUAGAAGGCCACAUCCAAAUAAUUAUCGAGUCAAUUUGAUAGCUUACUUAAUCUAAAGAAAGAUGCUGCUGGCAAAGAUUAAGCAGUUAAAUAGAGUAACAGAUUAAGUGCUAUUGUAUUUAGACAAGGAGAGGAAUUCUCAUCUAUCAUUAGACAAGCUCCAUCUUAACUUGAGUCAGUUCAAGGACUUGUUGGUUAGAAGAGAUAAUCAGCCUAGCCAAUUAGCUCUAGUUAUAUUGAUGAAGGCAUUAAUCCUCUUGGCCCACUUUAGUAUAUCAAGAAAGAUGAUUAGGAGGACUUUUAAUACUUCAAAUCAUCAUCAUUAUUCAGGACUAAAUCUCAGCUUAAUUCUGUGAAAGGAAAAUAGUAUUUUGUAGUGAACUAGCCAGAGAGAUUCAGACCAUCAUAGACAAAGAGAUAAAUUAAAGCUCUUGCUCAUCUGAACUAGAGAUAUGGCGGAGAAGCAGCUUCUUAUUAACCAUACUAGCAACCCAGCAAAAGAAGAUCAACUUUUCAAUCGAUUAGCACCAUGGAUAGCUAAUAUGCAUAUGGGCCAUAUAGAGGAGAUUCAAUGAACAAAUCCUCAAGAACAAUGAUUAAUCCAAUUUGA